AUGUCAAAAGGAACUAGGGCUGUUGGAGAGAAGCAGCAAAGGAGGAGAGAAGGAGGAUCAGGCAUCAUGACCAACCAAGGUUUGCUCGUCGUUGGUAAAGGAUCCAAGAAACUGGAGGAAUCUCUAUCAGCCAAGCCACUCGAGAAGAGACGUGACAGCACCAGCAUCAGCACCAGCACCAGCACCAGCACCAGCACCAGCAGCACCAGAUCAAGUCCCAGCACAAGCUCCAGCACAAGCACGAACAGCAGUAGCUCGAGCAAACAUGCGAUAGUGCUUGAAAUUCCAAGAUGCCUACUGGUAGACAAGCUGGGACUGAGCUCGUCCAGGUUGCGGGUAGAGGGAGUGGGUUCGAGCAAGUCGCUGCUCAAGAGCCAGCGAGAGGUCGAGAGGGAGGCGGAAGAGGAGGGGCUUGUCAGGUCAACAGUCACUGUACAGGAACCAGCUCGAAGGCCGAUGAGCGAGAACAAGCCGAGCAGGAGGACUGAGGAGAGCGAUAAGGAGGAACAAAGCAGUAGCACCAGCAGCAGCUUCUACCAGUACCUCGACCGCAAGAAACCAAGUUACGUCAGGAAGGUCCUGUACAACAAGCUGCAGCUCUCCAACGCCUCUCUGAGUCGUCAGACGUCGCCGAGGAAGUUCGAGCAGCACUUCAUGGUCGAGCACCUUCCGCUCAAGACUCGAAGCAUGCGCAAGGAGGCGAGGGAGAUCAAGAGCUGGUUCCAGGGCCAGUGCAAGAUCGUGCUGGGAAAGUACCGUAACUCCAAGCGCGCGAGCAUGGGAAGAGAUGAUGUUGGUCAGGGGGUACAGAGCCUUGUGGAUUACGUGCAGUCAAGCAGAGAGCUGGUGACCGACUCGCUGCGGCGAAUGAGCAGGGAGAUGUCCCUGGAGUGCUCGGAGCAGGGCGAAGCGCUGAAUGUGAUCCUCCUCUUCAACUCCGACGUCUUCUCCUCCAUCCUCGCACACCUCGAAAAGAUCGUCCAAGACUGCCGCGAGCGAGAACAGGAGAAGAUCCGGCGGGUCAGCGGGCACAGCAGCACUACGCGGGAGGAAGUGAUGGUAGACGACGAGGAAAGCGGUGGACAUGAGGAGGAGGAUGUGAAGGCGCAGGGAGAGCGAGAGGAAGAGCUGAUGUUGGAGUUGAUGAGCAGAGAAGAAACGGUCACCAAACUCUCGAACAAGUACGAGAGGACCAAGAAGCUGUGCAGGAAGCUGACGCAUCAGCUGACGACACUGAGAGACAUUUUGAACGAUGCUCAAGACGGCUUCAAGACUUGCUCCGACGCUGAUUCUGCUAAGAUGCUCCUUCACAGCUUCUCCUGGAGCAGGCGACCUGAGAACCAGCGGCACAAACAGGAGGCGCACAGGCUGGGGUACCGCGAUGACCCGCAAGACAUCUUGUCGUCUAUCACAGCUGAGAAGAUCGAGAGCUGGGAGAGCAUGCACGACAGCAUCUUCGACAGACUCAACGAUGCUGGAGAGAAGCUGGUGCAGCUUGAAGCAAGACUGCAGGUGCACGACGAGAGCAUGCGCGAACUUGAGCUGGAGAAUGCCCAGCUGAAGAAAGCAUGCCUCGACCUGGAGAUGUCCCUUGAGCGUGAGAAGUCAACCUGCGAGGUGAGAAGUGGGGAUGAAGCGCACGAUUGA